GCACCAGCCACAGCAGUGCUUUACUGAGGAGCAAAGAGCCUGAGCAAACAGUUGGCUAAAGAGAGCUUCACUUCAACCAGUCAGGACUUUGAUUCCUAACUCACUCCAACCAAUCCUGCUCACUUAGCCUCUUCGGGACCUCCAGCACCGCUAAAGAAUCAGACUGGACCAGGACAGCUUGUAUUCCAGCAGAGCAAGAACAUAGGUGCAAGUAUCUCAUCUUUGAAACAUAGAAAAUGGUUAAGAUGUCUUUGCGCACGGUGGCUCUGACUGUCACCCUGCUGCUGGUGAUGACAGAAGCGUGGGCGCAGAACCCACGGAAGAGGCUGGCGCCACCCAAGCCUCCAAAGGCACAGUGCUGCGAUGAGGUGCGCUCCCUGAAGGUACAGGUGGCCAACCUAACCAGCAUCCUGGAGGAGCUGAACCGCAAGCAGGAGGCAGACUUGAUGAACGUAGUUCGGCAGAUGAUGGAGCUGGACAAGCAGAAUCGGCAGCAGGAGGCCCGCGUCACAGAGGCCGAGAGCAAGUAUUCCGAGAUCAACAACCGGGUGGAGAUCAUGCAGCUACAAGCCGUCGAGUCUGCCAUUCAGACCUCGUCAGAUGCUGUCUACGACUGCGCAUCCCUGUACACCAAGAACUACAAGAUCUCGGGGGAGUACAAACUGCCUGCAGAUGACUUCCUGAAUACCCCUGAGAUCAACGUAUUCUGUGACAUGGAAAGCAAUGGCGGUGGGUGGACGAUCAUCCAGAGACGCAAGGUGGGCCUGACCUCCUUCAACCGCGACUGGAAACAGUACAAGAACGGCUUUGGCACCAUCCGCGGAGACUUCUGGCUGGGCAAUGACAACGUCUUCCGUAUGACAAGGCAACCCAGCACACUGAGGAUAGAGAUGGAGGACUGGGAAGGCCAGACCCGCUUUGCAGAGUACAGCUACUUCACAGUGAAAAACGAGUUGAACAGCUACAAACUCUUCAUCGCCAACUAUAGUGGAAACGCCGGGGACUCUCUGCGCUACCACAACAACACCAACUUCAGCACCAAGGGCAAGGACAACGACAAAUGUGUGGACAACUGUGCUUCACUACGCAAAGGUGGUUACUGGUACAACUGUUGCACUGACUCCAACCUGAAUGGCGUGUUCUAUCGCUAUGGCGACCACAUCAAGAACUCAGAUGGAAUCACUUGGUACGGCUGGCACGGGCCCAACUACUCCCUGAAGAGGGUGGAGAUGAAGAUCCGGCCACAGAAUUUUCAACCAUAAACGCUUCGAACUUCAAACCCUGAAUGAUGUGCAUGCUUGCCGAGAGAUUUAACAAAGCCUCUGAGAAACCAAAGUCUUUCCCCUUGACCUUUGUUAAUGCCUGGAAUAUUUCUAUGGGUUGAAUGCGUAAUGCAUUUAACAUGUUUGAUUGUAAAUUGUAGUUAGUUUUGUAUUUAUCGUUGAAAUACUUUAUUUUCUUAAAAGCUUUACAGAAGCCUCUUUACCACUGUUCUGUAAGGGUAACUGAAUGUUGCUUCCCUCCAUCUGUCUCAAAGCAAUAGGGUAUAUUUAUCAGUCCUAACUCAAGCUGUCUACUAGCCUGUGGUUAAGUUGAUUACAUGUAUUUGGCAGGUAUGAUAAUGCAAAAAAAAAAUAUGAAGAUCCAUCAAGUGUUUUGCAAUGGGCCUUUGUGAGCUGCUGGAAUGGGAACAACCACCCAAUGUACUUUCAUCAGAAGUACCCGAAAGAUUUUUAUUGUGAGAGAAAAUAACAUGUCGAUUUUUGGGGAAUUGUGUCCUUUGUAAAACGUGUACAGCUCUAUAUUGUGUUGUUUUGUGGGAUAGAAAAUAAAUGUGUAUUUUUAAAAAAA